GUUGUGCUACAAAGAUCCGGAUAGCAGGUCAGGUUAAGAUUUAGCAAGCUGGAUAGACAACAUUAAUAUCUAAAAUAACUGUAUUUACAAGUGCAAUGUACGGUUUUUAAUUGAAAAGCAAUAUAAGGGUGCUCUAUCCCAUUGUCUUGACAUUCAAAGCGAUUCGCUAUCCUAAGUUGCACGAUUUUUCGAAAAUAUGGCGGCGUCCGUGUUGAAGGUUGCACGUCUCUCAAAGUGUGUUCGUCACACUUAUUCUCCAACCCUGAGGACACUUUCAACCUCAACACCACUCUGCCAAGGUAUUCCAGGAUCUGUCUGGAAACUGGGAAGGCUAAAUCACAUCGCUAUAGCUGUACCAGACAUGGAGAAAGCCACUGCUCUUUACAGAGAUGUGCUGGGGGCUCAGGUCAGCGAUAAAGUUCCCCUUCCUGAGCAUGGAGUCUACACUGUCUUUGUGGAGCUGGGUAACACCAAGCUGGAACUGCUGCACCCACUCGGGGAGAAGAGCCCAAUCACAGGCUUCCUACAGAAGAACAAAUCUGGUGGGAUGCACCAUAUCUGCAUUGAGGUUGAUGAUAUCAGUGUAGCGAUAGUGGAUCUGAAGGCUAGGAACAUAAGAACCCUGUCAGCUGAACCACGGAUAGGCGCUCAUGGGAAACCUGUCAUGUUCCUCCACCCAAAAGACUGUGAUGGAGUACUUGUGGAACUGGAGCAAGCCUGAAUACCCACAGGUCUCAAAAACUCUGUAGUUCACAAUUAUGCGGUUUGAAAAUUGAUUCAUUAUAGCACUUUUUCAACCAGUAAUAAUGAUAGCAAAGGUAGAUUUUUAAAAAUAUGUUUAAUACCAGGUUUUUGAUCCAUUUAAAAAAAAUCUUUAUCUUCAUUAAAAGUAAGUGUCUAUUUGC